AUGCUACAUCACCAUGCUUGGCCUGCCAUCUCUCAGAGUCGUCAUCGUGCGGUCAAGCAGCUCGAUCUCGCCGGUCAGUGGCCAGACGUAGAGAUGCUGCUGCUCCAUCUGUCUCUGCAUCAAACACUCAUCUAGGCCUGAUCUCGUACCCGAUCCAGAGCAACUCGAUGAUGAUGCCAUCGACUCGGAAGGAGACGACGCCUAUGGUCAGUACCGGCUGACCCUGAUCGACCCUAGAGUCCUUGUCCGAGGACUGAUCAUGCUAUGCGUUCCUUUAUGCCUUGCCCAGAUAUGGACGAUGAACAAUACGGUCAGCAAGAAAUAAGCCAUCGGCUACACACCACCCAGCGUGCUGACUCGGCCCUUGUGACCAAUAGCCCACAUGGAGUCGGGCUUGUCGGCAGUGCAGAACCUGCUCGGCCCCAACACACCCAUCUCGGACAAGGAGAUACGCGACUCGUUGUGGGACUCGUACUUUGACAUUGAUGGCACCGUCGCAUAUCUUCUAGGUGAGCGAGCGCAUCGUGCCAUCGCCCCUCGGAACACCAAAGUCUUCUUUCCCCUAACACAGAUUCCUCUUUUCGGCAGACGCGCAACACAAGAGAGAAGCCGCAAAGGCUCGUGCCGAGGGUGAGCUAACGAGUGCCAUGGCUGUCGAGACCGUCGAACCUCCGACGUCUUCCCUGGCCAGUCUCGACAUUUCGUCGUCUUUCAUUUCACCCACCCCGAGCGCGACGGCGACGGCGACGGCGACGGCGACGAAACCGCCCAUGAGCAAAUUGGCGGCCAAGAUGGCUGCGAGGAAGCAGGCCGCCGCCGACUCAAAGGGCUCGACACCAACGGAGACCUCACUGGCGCCGGUUGCCGCAGUGGAAGGGCCCAAACUGUCCAAGCUGCAGCAGAAGAUGCUAGCUUCCAGGCAGGCUCGGGCUGCAGCGACAGCGGGCGCGGCAGGUACAUCGGUCACAAGUGCCGAUGCGCCUUCUGUCCCACCGCCUGUAGAUACACAGUCGAGGGUGGACGUCACAGUGGCACCUGCGAGUGGCUUCGUCGUCCCUCCUGCGUUGCUUGCUUCUGCUUCCGCGUUUGCCCACGUCCUCGUCCCCCCACCGCCUAUGUCGACUGCGGAUCGAUUGACUCGAAUCGAGCAGACCUUUGCGAGGCGCGGUGGGGCAGAGAAUGUGGCAGAAUUUGGGCUCAGUCCCGACGACAAGGUGUUGGAGGCGAGGAAAGGGACAGCCGUCGCAGCUGGGGCGCCGAUUCGCAAAAGGGUGUGAUGCGGAUGGGCGAAGAGGGGUCACGGGCCCAGACCAGAUCGAAGUGCCUGAGCUUUGUCUCGAACAGACCAGGUACUGACUAUUCCCGUCUGCUUGCCUUCCCAUCGUAUCUCUUUACCGACGGUCAUCGAUUGCUUGCCCAUUCUCUUCGUGCAGAACAAAAGGCCAAGAAGGCCAAAGCAGCAGCCGCGGCCGCCAGUAGUCAACCCGCUUCGGCCAGGAAUUCGCGGCCUUCGACACCCGCGCCUUCGGCUCAGAAGAAGACUGGCACCAGAAACCUCUCACCGACGAAACGGCCACCACCAGGUCCGGUCAGUCAGCUUCGAGCGGACCUUGAGGGUCUCAAUCUUUUGCCUCGAAAUUCUUCCUCGGCGUCAUCGACGGGUGCGACCGCCGGAGGGUCCACACCUGGGACCUCGUCGGGGGCCCAUACACCUUCAGACAUAGACAAUGUCGAGAUGUCGGGACCGCCACCGGCGAUCGCGAUGGCCAAAGACAAGAUCUUGGCCGAAGUGCGGGAACGAGAAAAGGACCGCAAACCCGUGUUGUCGCUCGUCGUCGUGGGCCACGUCGAUGCCGGGAAAUCGACUUUAAUGGGUAGGGUAUUGCACGAGUUGGGCGAGACGUCGGACCGGUCGGUCGAGCAACAGCAACGAAACGCGGCCAAGAUCGGUAAAGCUUCUUUCGCGUAUGCUUGGACGUUUGAUGCGAUGGAAGAGGAGCGUGCGCGAGGUGUCACCAUCGACGUCGCAAUCGAUGGGUUCGAAACAAACAGCAAAAAGUUCACCUUGAUCGACGCGCCUGGUCAUCGGGACUUCAUCCCCAACAUGAUCUCCGGCGCUGCACAGGCCGACACGGCUGUCCUCGUUGUCGAUGGUUCAACCGGAGCCUUUGAGAAAGGCAUGGAAGGUGGGGGACAAACUCGAGAGCAUGCAGUACUGGUCAGGAGUUUGGGGGUUCAGCAACUCAUCGUCGCCGUCAACAAACUCGAUGCGGUCGGCUGGGCCCAAUCGAGGUUCGAAGCGAUUCAGGAACAGCUCUCGCCAUUCUUGACACAAUCGGGCUUCCAGCCUAGCAAAGUCUCGUUCGUGCCCGUGGGAGCCAUGUCGGGCGAGAAUCUGGUUGAGCGACGGAACGAGAUCUUGAAGGCAUGGUACGAGGGGCCGACAUUGGUCGAGCAACUGGAUCGACUGGAAGUCCCACCAAGAGCGCUCGAGACACCGUUGAGGAUACCGGUAUCGAACGUGUUCAAGGGUCAGAGCGCGACCGCGUCGGGCUUGGCCGUCUCUGGUCGAGUCGAGAGUGGGAUCGUGCAAGUGGGUGAGAGACUGUGCGCUCUCCCUGGUGAUGAGAGUGGUGUCGUACGAUGUGAGCAAAGUCGAUGCUAGCCGAGGAUUUUGAAGGGAUGCUGACGCUUAUCCGAUCUCAGCGUUGGAGGUCGACGGCGAGCAUGUCUCCUAUGCGAUCGCAGGAGUCAACGUGACUGUGUUCCUCUCCAACAUCGAUCCGCUCCAGCUUUCCGUCGGGUCUAUCCUAUGCCCGCCUUCAGAGCCCAUUCCCGUCGUCUCAUCCUUCCUCGCCCAGAUCAUGGUCUUUGACGUCAAGUACCCGAUCACGGCCGGCUAUGCUGUCGAGCUGUUCCACCACUCUCGAGAUAUUCCUGCGACGAUCACGACGCUCGAGGCGACGCUUGACAAGGCUACAGGAGCAGUGCUCAAAUCCAAGCCGAGGUGACUUGGAUCUUUGUGCUCAUGAACAUAGAGGUGCCGUCACCUCCAUGUUGACCGUUGUUUUAUGUUACUCUCAGGAUGCUCACCAAGGCCUCGUCGGCCAAAGUCCGCGUGCAGCUACGUGCACCAGCAGGAGGAUCUGCUUCGAGUCGAAGAGCAGUGAUCCCACUCGAACCAUUUGCGGUCAGUAAAGGGAUGGGAAGGGUCUUAUUCCGUCGUGGUGGCGAGACAAUAGCGGCGGGGAUCGUGCUCGAAGUGGGACCUUGA